CGCGAAGACAUUACAACCCGUUGGCUCCUCAAUCACCACCUUGCCUUUGCUCACAGCUUCAGCAAGGCAUUGCACAAUGUCAUAUUCGCUGGUCACAUCGAAACGGAAGUUUCACAAAAUUCUAGACUCUUUAACCAAUAGCCCAACGGCGAAACAUCAAACUCGUCCGGAUCAGGAUGGGUCGCGUUCUACGGUUGCAGAAGAAAUUGGAACACCAUUGAAGAGGCGUCGAAUAGAUGUAGUUUCAACAAGAUAUUCUCUGGCCAGACUACGGUCAAAUACCGAGCGGACGGCUUUCGCGAAACCUGGACUUCCUGCGGACAAAGAUCGGAUAGAAAGAACUACUUCGACACUCCCCAACUAUGCUCCCUGGGAUCGCGGACAGUUUCUAGAACGACUUGAAACAUAUAGACAUGUGGAUAAAUGGUCACCAAAACCUCCUAAAGUGAACGAGGUUGAAUGGGCCAGAAGGGGCUGGCGAUGUGUUGGGAAGGAACGGGUUGGAUGCGUUGGUGGCUGUGAACGUCAGCUGCUUUUGAAGCUGGAGUCUUCAAGGGAAGAGGCUGAGCCACAGAUAUCAGAGUCUAACGAUGAAGUAGAGGAAAGUUGGGACACUGGAGUUGAGGAGAGGAUCAUUGAUCGCUAUGCUAGAAUGAUAGUUGAUGAACAUGAUGCGUCUUGCUUAUGGAAGAAACGUGGCUGUGAUGAUAAGAUUUAUCGUCUACCGCUGGCUCAGUCCACAGCUGCUCUCGCAGCAGUCCGGACACGUUACGAGUCAUUGCUUAAUGUUUCUGAAGAAUUGCCGAAAAAUUUGCGGCUUCCAGCUGAGCUGGAUGCUGAUAUUCUUCUUCGACAUUAUCCUGCUGACCUUUGCAUGAAAUCGGCUGCCGAAGUAGCAAAUUCAGAAAAGGCAAAGCCAGCGAAUAGCCAGGUUAACAAGAGUGCUUUGGUUCUUUCCAUGUUCGGCUGGCGCGCCGAGGAUGGACAACCCAAGGGACUUGCUACUUGUGAAGCUUGCUUCCGACGGCUAGGGCUCUGGUUGUUCAAAGAAGCUCCAGUGACCGAGAGCGAUGAAGUGGACGAAACGAGUCAGCUCAACGUCAUUCAAGAGCAUAGAUAUUUUUGUCCAUGGGUCAACGCUGAAUCUCAGUGUGGUUCCGGUCCUGUCAAGGGCAGCACUAAUCGACCUCAACCGGGAUGGCAAAUACUGUUGCAAGUGAUCAAAAACGCCCAACACUUCCGAGCUGAAAGUCAAGAAUUGGCCCCUACAGAGCCUGAAACUGAGAUUAUUGCCGCGGAGGAUGACGCAAGUGAAACUCAGAGCAUCGUCAGCACAAUAGCUUCCGAAGUCAAUGAUGACCGUAGUGCCCGCGAUGCGAAGGACAAAGAGCGCUGGACAAAACUGCGGCAACUGAAGAGAAUGUUUGAUAUUAGGAAACAAAAAAAGCCCAGAAAAGGCAUCGACAAUGCUCGAGAUCCAAAGUCAAUUGCCACCAUUUCAGGCCCAUCAAGCAGAGCAUCAAGCAUCACACGUCUUUGAACGCAAAUUAUGUUUUGUCAUUUUCUUGGUCAUGAUUUCCUAGUUAAGCGUCUAAAGCGAUUUCAUUUGCCUAUUUGCUCCUAAUUCCACGUAGUUCUUUAUAGGACUGU